CCGACAAGUUGGCAGCAACAACACGGCCCUGGUCGUCGUCGCCGCUGCGGUAACGGAGCGGCUCGGGUGGCGGAGCCCGUGUUCUCGCCCGCCCGGCCGCCCGCCCGGCCGCUCGGCCGGCCGCAGUCCUCGGGAGGCCCUUCCCGCUCCGCUCCGCGGCCGUCCCCGGGGCGGGAGCGCGUGACCGGAGCCGGCGCCCGCGCCCGCGAGCGAGGCCCCCCGCGGCGGGGCGGCUCCGGAGCUCCAGCGGCCCGGCCGGCGCGGUCCGCGGCGCGGCGGGGAGAGGGGCCGCCUGGGCCGGACGCCGCGGGCGGGGCCCGGGAAGCGACGGCGAGGCGCGGCGCGGUGCGGCGCGGAGCCCAGAUUAUCCUGCUCACCCGAUGUCUUGACAGUUUUUCUUGCAACAUUGGCCAUUGGUUUUCACUGCCUUCAGAAGAUCCAAAUUACUCCAGAAAUUGCAAAGUUUGAUUUAAAAGAAAAAACUUGAACAAAUGGACAAUAUGUCUAUAACAAACACACCGACGAGUAAUGACGCCUGUCUGAGCAUUGUGCAUAGUUUGAUGUGUCAUCGACAAGGUGGAGAAAGUGAGACAUUUGCAAAAAGAGCAAUUGAGAGUUUGGUGAAGAAGCUGAAAGAGAAAAAAGAUGAAUUGGAUUCUUUAAUAACAGCUAUAACUACAAAUGGAGCUCAUCCUAGCAAAUGUGUCACCAUACAGAGGACACUGGAUGGACGACUUCAGGUGGCUGGUCGGAAAGGAUUUCCUCAUGUGAUCUAUGCCCGUCUGUGGAGGUGGCCUGAUCUACACAAGAAUGAACUGAAGCAUGUUAAAUAUUGUCAGUAUGCAUUUGACUUAAAGUGCGAUAGUGUCUGUGUGAACCCAUAUCACUAUGAGCGGGUUGUCUCACCUGGAAUUGAUCUCUCAGGAUUAACACUGCAGAGUAAUGCUCCACCAAGUAUGUUAGUGAAGGAUGAAUACGUUCAUGACUUUGAAGGACAGCCACCCUUACCCACUGAAGGUCAUUCAAUUCAAACCAUCCAACACCCACCAAGUAAUCGUGCAUCGACGGAGACAUACAGCGCCCCAGCUCUGUUAGCCCCGUCAGAGUCUAACGCCACUAGUACCACCAACUUCCCCAACAUUCCUGUGGCUUCCACAAGUCAGCCGGCCAGUAUCCUGGCAGGCAGCCAUAGUGAAGGACUGUUGCAGAUAGCUUCAGGGCCUCAGCCAGGCCAGCAGCAGAAUGGAUUUACUGGGCAGCCAGCUACUUACCAUCAUAACAGCACUACCACCUGGACUGGAAGUAGGACUGCACCAUACACACCUAAUUUGCCUCACCACCAAAACGGCCAUCUUCAGCACCACCCGCCUAUGCCGCCCCAUCCUGGACAUUACUGGCCAGUUCACAAUGAGCUUGCAUUCCAGCCUCCCAUUUCCAAUCAUCCUGCUCCUGAAUAUUGGUGUUCCAUUGCUUAUUUUGAAAUGGAUGUUCAGGUAGGAGAGACAUUUAAGGUUCCUUCAAGCUGCCCUAUUGUAACUGUGGAUGGAUAUGUGGAUCCUUCUGGAGGAGAUCGCUUUUGCUUGGGUCAACUCUCCAAUGUCCACAGGACAGAAGCUAUUGAGAGAGCAAGGUUGCACAUAGGCAAAGGAGUGCAGUUGGAAUGUAAAGGUGAAGGUGACGUUUGGGUCAGGUGCCUUAGUGACCACGCGGUCUUUGUGCAGAGUUACUACCUGGAUAGAGAAGCUGGCCGAGCACCUGGCGACGCUGUUCACAAGAUCUACCCAAGUGCGUAUAUAAAGGUCUUUGAUUUGCGGCAGUGUCACCGGCAGAUGCAGCAACAGGCAGCCACUGCGCAGGCUGCAGCCGCGGCCCAGGCAGCAGCUGUAGCAGGAAACAUCCCUGGUCCUGGGUCCGUAGGUGGAAUAGCCCCAGCAAUCAGUCUGUCUGCUGCUGCUGGCAUUGGUGUAGAUGAUCUCCGGCGCUUGUGCAUACUCAGGAUGAGCUUUGUGAAGGGCUGGGGCCCAGAUUACCCAAGACAGAGCAUCAAAGAAACCCCAUGCUGGAUUGAGAUUCACCUCCACCGAGCUCUGCAGCUCCUGGACGAAGUCCUGCACACCAUGCCCAUUGCGGACCCACAGCCUUUAGACUGAGACCUCACACCAUGGACGCCCUAACCAUUUCCAGGAUGGUGGACUAUGAAAUAUACUCAUGUUUAUAAUCUGAAGAUCUAUUGCAUUUUUGUUCUGCUCUGUCUUUGCAUAAAGGGUUGAAAGAUGUGUUUGCUGCCUUGCUCUUAGCAGACAGAAACUGAAUUAAAACUUCUUUUCUAUUUUAAAACUUUCAGGCAUGGCUCAGAGCUUGAAGAUCAGGAAGGUCCAAUUCUUAUUAAAUUUUCACUGGUUGUUCUGUAUGAAGGAGUCAUUCCAGUGCUGGAACUCCGCUCUUUAAGUGUGUGAGAGCUCCUUCCAUGCAGAGUAAAGUCAGUGCUGCUGAUUUUAAGGCUGAGAAGUUCUCAAAGUUAAGUCACCUGUUCCUUAAUGGGCAAGUUAUUGUUGAACAUACUGUGCUCACGUGGCACGUGGGCGAGCCAGUUUUACGAAGAGCAACUUCACUCUCUUUUAAAAACCUUUUAUCAACUUUUUAUUCAGAAUGUUUUUGCAAGUUAAACAGUGAAGGUGAAUUAAAUUCAUACUGUCCUGCAGACUUCAGGGCUUUUUUCCCCAAGACAAAACACUAAUCUGUGUGCAUAUUGACAAUUCUUACAAUUAUCAGUCAAAGAAAUGCCAUUUAAAAUAGAAAUUUUUUUAUCCCUAAUGGAUGACCAUUAUCAAGAUGUAUACUUUGCCCUCUUAAACAGUAAAUGAAUUCUUCUAUAUUUCUAGGCACAAGGUUAGUUAUUAAAAAAGCCUAGGGGAGGAAUUUUUUUCCCUUAAUUCAUAGGGAGAAAGUUUUGUAUUUAUAAAAACACUAAAAGCAGUGUUGCUCUGCCUGACGCUUCACUGUUCUGCAAGGGGCAGUGCUUCAACUAAAAUAAUGACUAUUUUGGAAACUGCUAAAUUCUAUGUUAAAUACUGUGCAGGAUAACGGAAACAGUGCAGUGGUGACAGGUAGUUUGCAUAUUUUUGUACUUGAUUUGAUGUGUGACUUUUUUUCAUAUACUGUUUAAAUCAUGUAUGUUUUGACAUUGUUUAAAAUUCAGUUUUUGUAUCUUGGGGCAAGACUGCAAACUUUUUUAUACCUUUUGGUUAUUAUAAGCCCUUGGUUUGCCAUCAUUGAUCACUCGGCGGUGACUUUGUAGAGAUUGAAGUAGUGGAGUUGAGAUGCAUUGACUGUACCACAGACACAACAUGUAUACUUUUUACCUAGUUACUAGCGUAAAUAAAACUGAGUCAAUAUACGAAGUUGAAUUCUAGGUUUGGUUUUUAAAAUGCUUUCCUUUUGCACUUUUGAGUCCAAUCUCAGUGGCAAGACACCUUCUACUAAAUGACAGGCAACAGCCAGUUGUCUUGUGCAGCUCUGGUUCCCUUCACACUCUACCAGGACUUCCCCACGGACAUUAUACAUCAUGUGUAGAGUUGGUUAUUUUUUGAGCUUUUAUUUUACUGUAGCAAAAAAUAGGCUUGGAUAAAUAGUGUGAAUAAAAUCAAGAUCAUCAUUGCGAUGCUUUUACUCUUUGAGAGUUUUCUGUGACUUUUAAAUUGCAGUAGGCAUGUGAUCUCUGGAAACACUGUGCAUAGCAGUUCUUUUUUGUGCCAACAGAAAUGACCACGUCCUGCAGCCUGCUUCAGAAGGUUCCAGAGGCUGGCCCCUCAGAGUGCUGCUGUGACUGGUGCACAUCUCAGUCCAGCACACACGUCCUGUGUUUUAAAGCUGCUUCACCAGUUUCUACUCUUAUAGAUACUUUUGUUACAGACCUAAUUUUAUCUGUGUAAGUUUGGUGAUUUUAAAAAAAAUGUUGUAUUGACAGAAUUAUAAAAAGAUACUUUGUCUAGAAAUGUUUGUCUUUAGAUCUGUUUCACUAUGAAUGGGGAACAGGAGUGAGAAGAGUGCGUUGUAGUGUAACAGGUUUUUAAAGAUCCAGGUUAUCUGACCAUGUAACUUGAUGCUUCCUCUUGUACUUUCUGGAAAGUUUCCCAUAUUUAAUCAUCUUCAUAAAGUAUGUGGGAAAUAUUUGCUAAGAAGUAUCUCUUCUGAGCCAAGCCACUUGUCUUGGUUUUCUUACUAAGAGCCAUAGAAAUUAUUUCUGGUUAUUGAUGAAGUUUGUAAUUUGCCUGUCCUAUGCUUUUAAGGAGUCUAGAAUUCCUGAAAAGGCUCAGUUAAACUGUUUCUUUUUGUUCAUUACACAUUGCUAUCUUUGAAUAAGACUUUAAAAAACUUCCCAAAGUUUAAAAACUUUGGGAUAAACUAGUUUCUCUAGUUCUUAGAGACUGAUUAUGAUGUGGGUAUGGUUCUGGGUGGGUCGUUUGUAAGUCACAGCUCAAAAGUCUCCCAAGAUUAAGUUUCCGUGGCCACCCAACCCAGUUUGAAACCGUUCUCCUUUUGUCCUGUGCCUUUCUGUGCAUGAUUAAAGAGAAUCCGUAAUGGCAUUGCCUUUAUUUGCUCGGAGGUAGAUUCUUUUCUGGUAUAGAGUCUACGUUAAUCGUUGACCUUUACGCCCCCUGCUGUAUAGAGAUACCAAGCCACUGCCGUGAACUUGCUCGUCCACAGGCAGUCUUUUUGUACUGCCCAUUGCUCCUUUAAACAGUGCAGGUUGGCAGAUAGUGUGAGCUAGUGUGAGCUGGCUGAGGGCACACACCUGCAGAACCCAGCGGCAAACACAUGCUUAGCUGCGCUGUAUUUCAAAGUUAGAAAGCCAGGUUUGUGAGGAAUGGUGUGGUUUGUAGUAGCAACUCUGGCGGUGAAGGAGCUCAGAGGUUUUCCAGUCUGGAGAAGGGAACCUUCUUGGGAUGCCUGUGGAGCGUCCAUGGUGGUGAACUCUUGUCUGCUCCUGGCCUGCUCGUCACUGGCUAAUUGUCACUCUUCAAUUUUUUUUUUUUUUUUUUAAUUCUAAUUUGUUGUCCCAUUGGCUGAGACCCCUUGGAAGGAGCAGGUUUGUUUGGAGCUGGCCAGAGAGGUUUUCGGUAGUUCCUGUAGGUUCCUGUCUUCAUCACUGUUUUCUUUGAUGGUCGAUUAGUAAGUUAUGAGUUGGGUCACUGUCAUGAGUGGAGCGCGGACCAGUUCUCACAGGUGAGGGCCCGGAAGGGAUUGGCUACACGGAGCCAUCUGUAAAUAGCCCCUUAAGUCCUCCUCUGCAUAACCAUAGAGAAAGCCUGUGAGACUCCUGCUCAGGCCUUUCUGGUUUUCCCUUCUAAUAACCAUGCAGUCUCUUCUCCAUGAUGCAGUAAGCAGCAUGUGGAAAGCCAGUGGCCUUACUCCUCGCAGCAUCCUUGGCAAGGCCUUUUUCUCAGCGCAGUGGAGCUGUUCAUCUGGCACGCCUGAGGAAUAAAGGUUUUCAUCAUCUUGCCUUAGUAAGCAGUAAAACUUUUGAAAAAUGAGCCAUCUAUUGGCAGGAGCUAUUUACACAGAUCAGAAUGUACUGGUAAACCAUUCUCUUUUUCUCUCUCUACUGUCUCUGUGGACCUCUGGGGCUCCUGAGACGGACAGUACUGUACUGCCUAGCCAUUCCUACAGGCCCAAGACUGCUGUGGGUUAGCUGUGGCCAUGCUGGGCUGUCCUCUCCCAUCCUGCCUCCUGACAGCUACGCUUCUUGAGUGGUUAGGGAGCCUCUCCUUGGUGUUUUCUGGUCGACUGUCCUCACUGCUUACGUGAGGGAAGCAGACGAGUGAGAUUGUUAGUGUUCGCCCAGGACCCUUUCCUGUCGGGGUUCACUGCUGUUGGCCAUUGUUGUCACUGCUGCCGCGCGACCCCCGAUCCUUGGUGGGUUUUAUACGGUUGACGUGGAGAGAAUUAAGUGAUAUUCAUAGCCCAUAGCUGCCCCCGCCUCCCUGAUGUUGUGAAAGAUUUAGUUUCCACCGAAUUCACUCAAAAAGCUGUACUGUUGGCUCGAGGCACCAACAAACCACACACUCUUUAGAAAACAUCUUUUGCUUGUUUUGUGUCCUGACCCUGUUCUCUGGCCUCCUUCCCCUGUAGAUACUUCUGACCUAUAGGUGCCUUUAUGAGAAUUGAGGGUCUGAUACCACGCCCCAAGGAGUAGCUGAUGCAAUGAGUGACUUUUCAGGGAUUUUAGCAUCAAAUUAAAUAAGUGAAUGAAGCUUUUAAGUCCUUCUUUUCUUUCUUUUUUAUGUAGGAAGGACGGAGGAGAAGUUGGGUGAAGACAAUCAUUUAUCUCUGUGUUGCUGUAAACGCUUCCACACAGUUUAAGAUGCUUUUCUCAGUAGCUCCAGGGUUCAUGCUCCUGCUCAACCUAAAGCAGGCUCUGGACUCAUCAGACUGUUGCACUUGUAGUUCGUACCUUCAUGUGUCCUUGGCAAGUCAUUCCCUUCUCUGGGCCUCAGCUGCCUCGUCUGUGAAAUGAGGGGUAGGACUAUUCUGCCAGCUCUGGCUUCUAAGUGACCUUGCCCACCCUGCAGCAGUUGGAGAUGCGCUCUUAACCUUUUUUCCGCUGUCUGAGGGGGAAUUCUUACUUUUUUCUCUGUUAUUCAGUGAGACUAGGCUUGAUCUUUCAGUCCUCGUUCUUCUGUGGACAAGCAGUUACAUAUGUCCUUAUGACUUAUUUUUAACCAAAGGCCUAGCACCACCUUAGGGGCUACAGUCUGUACCAUACAGAACACUGGGGUGGGGGGUGGGGGGACACCUUCAUUUCACUGUGUCAUCGUCUGUGUUCAGAGCCUCUGCAAAGGCCUGUGUCUGUCAUGACAUUCUAACUUUGAAGUUAGUAUAUGUAUGAUAAUGUCCUCCUAAGUGCUGGCAAUUCUUCACCUAAAAUGGAUUGAAAUCCUGUUGUAAAUGCCUAGUAGUAUUAGAGGUCCUUUCUUUGGGUCUUUAGUAGCUUAAUUCUUCUACGCUCAAAACAGGAAGUUCUUCAGAAAUUAUAUCAAUAUUUUAAUUGAUGCUAUGAAAACAGUCCCAGUGAAUGACUGUUCACUUUAUUUUUGCCUCUUUUAUAUCCAUUUUGAUUAGACAACUUUUGGCUGGAUCAUGCCUUUCAGAGAGUUUUCUUCCAGCCUGCUUGGAUGAGUAUAAUAACUGACUUCAUUAUUUUUAAGGGCCUGGGACCCUUUCUAGGGGGUGGGGUGGGGGUGGGGAGUCCUGGUAGAGGCCACAUCUGUGGCAGCUGUGAAGAAGGGAUGAAGCCAGCUGCUCUUUGUAAGGCUGCUUGUCAUUGGUAGAAGGACUCACGGGUUUGGAUUAGUUAAAAGGCUAAAUAUAGAGUUGGCAAACUUCUCCAAACGGGAAGGGAUUUUUGUUCAAUGCAUCUAACGUGAUUUAAAAGCAUGACUCCCUAUAGGUUAUGAAAACCGGUGUGCUGCAGAUCCAGUAUGGAAGAGGUAACUGGGUCCUGGGGACAGAUUUGGUGGUGUCACUCCCAGCUCUGUCUCCUACUCUGGGCCCACUCUUAGCUUUUGCUCUUAGGGAAACCUGGUCAGCUAAAGGCCCACUUUCUUUCUAUAGACUUUUUGCCUGGUUGAAGUCUGUGGCUUUAAAAAAAAAAAGUAGUUGAAUCUUUCUUGAGAACUCUGUAACAAAGUAUGUUUUUGAUUAAAAGAGAACGCCAACUAAA